AGCCCUGCAAGCCCCUCCUAAAUCGGAUUAUCAAUCGACCAGGAGGUCGACGGCGAAUGCGUAUCGUCGCUUAACCGCAAAACGACUGCGCCUACUUUCCGCUCUCAGCAAAUUCACUUCCCACCUGCAAUUCGACUGCUUGCUACCAUCUCCCCGUCGCAACAGCCAUCUCCGUUGUCGCCCUGCCACCUGCCGCGCUGUCUGCUGUAGCUGGCCUACAACCCGCUAUUUCUCCGCCCGCCGCCAUCUGGCUACUCUCGCCGUGUCCACCGCUCGUCUCCCAACCCUCUCGAUCAACCCGCCAUGGCCUCAGAAGACUGCAGAGCCAUCCAUUAGAUACUCGCCCUCGCUGCCACAGCCGUGCCAUUGCACCGCUCAUCUGUCAUUUGUGACGUUUGGUAUCCCUCGUAACCCCAAGACCACGCCAGUGCCUUGCAGGGUCCGGCGUUUUCGGCUGACCAUACGUCAAUCCCCCAAGCUUCGAACCCUGUGUUGAAGAAGGUUUGGCCCAAACUCUCAACCACACGCCACUCUUUUCAUACCCUCACGGUAUCUCACCAUCCUCGGCCUGCCCCGAGGUCUGCCAUGACAAUGACGCAGUUAUUCAGCUCUGCACCGAGCCACUCGGCCACUACCAAGAGCGAGAAGCGUGCCUUCAGCGGCGUUUCUCUCUCCACCAACAAGAGCGUCACCAACCGCGACGUGGGCCAGCGGAUCAAGAACUUCUUCAGAAUCAACGGCGACGGGAGCAAGGCGGAGAAGGACAGUGCCUCAGACAGCACCAAUUUCUCAAAAAACGACAAGGAGAAGGACAAGGAGAAGUCGAGCUUCAGGCAAUCCCGCUUUAUACCCCACAUUGGCAGGAACAGGUCGACGACGGUCGCGAGCGAGGGCAAUGCCCUUGACGAUGCCAUUUCACCGACUGCCAACGCGAAUCCCUACUUUAUCCACCAGGGACCGCCUGCUCUCCGCCACCAUAAUGAGGGCAGCGUUCCCCCUUCUCCACCAGAUACCCCCAAGAUCGUGACCAGCGCGGCCGACGCAGCCAACGGCGCAGGCGGUCAGGCAACAGUCGCCAGCAAAGAAGAACUGGCGAGGAAGCUGCGACGGGUAGCCUCAGCACCGAAUGCGCAGGGCUUGUUCGCCAAGUCGAACGAUGAAGAGCGACCAUCCACUGCAGAGAUGGGCAAGCAGCCGAUCAUCCAACAUGCCAAUGCUUCAGCACUCAGCAUGGUGGACGCUUCCACAACAGGCGGUGCCUUGCUACCCAUACCAAAUCCAGACGGCUCCCUACCAUCUCCCGGCCAGAUCAGAACCUCGGCCGCCUUUAGGCGGACGUACAGCUCGAACUCGAUCAAGGUUCGAAACGUGGAGGUCGGACCGUCCAGCUUCGACAAGAUCAAGCUAAUUGGAAAGGGAGACGUCGGCAAGGUCUACCUCGUGCGUGAAAAGAAAUCCGGCCGGUUGUACGCGAUGAAAGUUCUUAGCAAAAAGGAGAUGAUCAAGCGCAACAAGAUCAAGCGUGCGCUCGCUGAGCAGGAAAUUCUCGCAACAAGCAAUCACCCGUUCAUUGUUACACUGUACCACUCCUUCCAAUCCGAAGAACAUUUAUACCUAUGCAUGGAGUACUGCAGUGGAGGAGAGUUCUUCAGAGCUCUACAAACCCGACCUAACAAGUGUGUCGAUGAGGACGCGGCGCGUUUUUACGCAGCAGAAGUUACCGCAGCUCUAGAAUAUCUGCACCUGAUGGGUUUCAUAUACCGAGAUCUCAAACCAGAAAACAUUCUGCUUCAUCAGUCAGGCCAUAUUAUGUUGUCUGACUUCGACUUGUCGAAGCAGUCUGACACCGGCGGCCGACCUGGCAUUCUCUUUGCGAACCGCAAUGGCAACUCGCACAGUAUGCCGGCAAUAGACACCAAAUCGUGUAUUGCAAACUUCCGCACAAACUCCUUUGUAGGAACGGAAGAAUACAUCGCCCCAGAGGUCAUCAAGGGAUGUGGCCACACAAGCGCGGUAGACUGGUGGACACUGGGAAUACUGAUCUAUGAGAUGCUCUUCGGGACCACCCCGUUCAAAGGCAAGAACCGAAACGCGACGUUUGCCAACAUUCUAAGAGACGAGGUGCCUUUCCCCGAAGGCUCAGGCGUUCAGCAGAUAUCUAAUCUAUGCAAAAAUCUUAUACGAAAACUUCUUGUCAAGGACGAAACGAAACGCCUGGGUUCUCGUGGCGGCGCUUCUGACAUCAAGAAUCAUCAGUUCUUCAAAACGACUCAGUGGGCUCUGCUUCGGAACAUGAAGCCACCAAUCAUCCCGCAUGCUGGCCGUGGCAUCGACACUGUCAAUUUCAGGAACGUCAAGGAAAGCCAGAGCGUGGACAUUAGUGCCACAAAGGCCAAGGGCGUACCAUUGGAUAGCGGAUUGAAGACACCAGGCGAGGAAGCGCCAGAUCCGUUUGAGGAGUUCAACAGCGUUACGCUGCAUCACGAUGGCGAUGAUGCUCACGAUGUCAGCGAGGGACUCUCCAUGCGGUAGUUUAAAAUGCGUUCGGAUGUGUAGAAGGGAUAUUGUUACGUGUGUGGACUUCGUUUCCCGUCUUUACCUAGUACACACGCUACUACAUUGUACGACAGGUGUGCAACUUUUAUACAUGUGGAUGGCGUUCAAUGUUCGUUCGUGUUCUUUUUAUAUGCAGAGGAAAUCCUUUUUGAGCGAGGAUUGCAUGUACGCUAUUAUGCAUCUACGCACUGACUGCAGCUUCCGGUACUCUCCUACAGCUCCUGGGUAGCACCUUCCUUUGGCGAUGAUAGUGUACAAGAAACAGAGGGCGUUGGGCCGAGAAGAUAGGAAGAAAUGAAUCACAUUUUCAAAUCCGCAA